AUGGAUACUGUAGCAUCAGUAAAUAGACUACGGUCUCAAUUUUUGCAGAUAUGCCCUGAAAAGGAUCAAAUGAGAAGGAUAAUGAAGCCUUAUAGGGAUGAGAAUCUUCCGCAUAAUGAAAUGGAUGGUAAAUUAAAGGAUGCAUAUAUUUUAUCUAGUGGUAGAGACAUUUUAAGUGAAUUAAUAUCACCUCCUAUAACACAAAAUUUUAUGGAUAAAUAUUCUUUAUCUCAUGGUAGUGAUACGAGAGAAAUGUUGGAUAGAAGGCGGAGAAAGACAUCUUAUAUAAAUACAGAUACAAUAAAGGGUUCUGUGGAUAAUUCAAGUAGUAAGAUCUCCGAUGAGAAUGAUAUUAGUUAUCAAGGUACUGCAAGCGAUGUCCUUCAGAAUACAACGGUGAAUACCGAUGAGAUAGAUUACUCCAGUAAUUCUCAAGUCCCUGUUAGUAAUUCAAUGAAUAUAACUGAUAGUCAAAAUAAUUCAUUACAGACUUUAAAAAACAAUAUAACAAGUAAUCCCACUGAUCCAGAAAUUGCAUUAAAUCAUAACAAAAUUAGUAGGAAAUCAACUUCGAGGUUUGCAAGACUUUUUACUGGUAAAAAGGAAAAUAAUGGUAAUAAUAAUAAUAAUAAUCAUAAUAAUGUCACUAAUAGUAACAAUAAUAACAGUGGAGAACAUAAUACUGGUAACCAAAGGAAUAACCAAAAUAAUAGCCAAGCUAACAGCCAACAUCAUAAUAAUAAUUCUGAUUCAAUGAGAGCUCAGAAUGUUAGAAAACGUUCUGUUUCAAGCUUUCAAAAGACUCAUUCUAAAAAACCUAGUGCAUUUGAUAUGAAUUUUGAUUAUGAUGAGAACUUGGAUGAAGAAGACGAUGAGGACGAAGAUGAAGAUGAUGAAACAGAUGAUAAAAAUGUACAUGCUAAAUUUUUUCAAUUGGAUAGUUCUCCAAACAAUAUAUCAGAACCACAUUUGAGAAAUGAGGUCACUAGCAUCAAAAGUGGGAAUGCUACUUCUGAUUCAGGAAGUAACAAUGGUGUUUCCACAAAUAUUUCAAAAAGAAUAUCCCAUUUCCCUCAAAAUAUGAUUACUAGAGGUGUAGCUACCGAUUCAAAGACUAAUCAAUCGAAAAAUGAAAAAAUAUCUAAUAGUAAAUUAGCUAAGAAGGAUAAUUCGUUGGAAGGGAACUUAUCUGAUGAAAAUGCUUCCAACCACAUUAAUCGUAGGGAAUUGAAUAACUCUAUUUCUGAUGAUGAAGAAAAUGUAAUUUCAUACAUUGAUUCAUUUAUUAAUGAGCAUGAUUUAAAUAACCUGACAAAAGAAGAACAUCGCUCUUCGUUGGAGAGAAGUGAAUAUUUCAAAAAUUCACCUGAAUCAGAAAUAGUCAGGUUAGAUAGUGUUGCUCAAGAAAAUAUUAAUCUCGAUAAUGAGAGUGAUUUGUCGGGAAGUGAAAUCGAAGAUGGUGAUAAUUUGUCAUCUUAUGGGAAAUCUCUUUUAUUUUCUGACUUCAGUGCAGAUGACUUUAGUAAAUCGAGAGCAGAAUUCCAUGGCCUUAAAGCAGUCCCUCAUACAGAUACUAUCGGAUCUAAUGGUACUCCUAUAUUGUUUAACAAUUUUAAAUUUGAUAACGAAAAAGAUUCAAUAAUUGAUGAUGGUACAUUUGAUAAAGAUUCUCCUAAAACUCCAAACUAUAAAAGACAUAAUUCUAAUGAACAAAAACUACAGGGUAUAUCAACAAAGAAUUACAAUGGCAAAGGCACAUCAGGAAGACGAUCAUCGCUACCUUCUUUAAAUUUUACUAAAUCUCAUUCAAAUAAAAUUAGGGAUCCAAACGCUAAUAGAAAUUAUAGGAAAGUACUUCGAAAUAUUGAUUACACUUACAAGAAACCUAGAAGAAACUCAACAGACUUGACGUUUAAUCAAACACCUUCAACAUUAAGUGUACCUUUCAGUUCUACAUCUAGUAGACGAAAUUCAGCUACUGCACCAUUGUUGGUUAUUGAAAAGGUGACUGAUUUUAAAAAUGCAAAACCUCAAGAGUCUCACCUAUCUUCAUUAUUCAAAAAGAAACAAGAUGUUAGCAAUCCAUCUGAAUUAUUGGAUUACUUUUCUUUCGUUUCCGGUAGUAAGGUGCCGAAAUAUGAAGGUUUGAAGCUAAGUAUAUAUAUUCACGAUUCUAAAAAGUACAAAAGAGAACCUUUCGAGACUACGGUAAGAAAAACUGCAACUGUUUUCGAGGUGAUUGGGUUCAGUUUAUUUCUUUAUGCAACGUCUAAGAAACCAGAAGAUUUCGAACUUGAUGGUUUAACAACAGUAGAGAUUCAAGAUCCUAAUAGUUUUUCAUUGCAUAUUGUUGAUGAAGAUGGUGAACCUUUUGAAGAUAACUUCGGAAAAUUGGACAGAACAAGACCGAUAAAUACCAUUUCUGAUAAUGAAGUGACACUAUGUAAGGUUGGCAGCGGAGAAAAAGAGAAAAAUGAAGCAAUUACUGCUCUUCCAUAUGAUUUGGACGGUAAAAUUCAUGAUACUGCAAUAAAUGAUAUUACUUCGUCAUCUAUUUCAAAAUCUGUUUCUACAGAAAAAACAAUAAAUCAACUAAGUUAUUACAAACCUAUUGUUGGAAAUAACGAUAAUUUAGAAAAGAAUACGAGUACAAAUUCAUUAAAGAUUAAGGUUUAUCUUUACCCUAACAUCAACCCCAAAUUUAAUUAUACCUACAUUAAGGUAUUAGUGACUGCAAAUAUAAAUGAUAUUUUAGUGAAAUAUUGUAAAAUGAAAAAUAUGGAUCCAAAUGAAUACUUACUGAAAGUUGCUGGUAAAAACCUUUCAUUGGAUUUAAAUGAUACAGUUUUAAGAUUAGAUGGGAACAAUGAAGUAGAAAUAAUAUCAAAGAAGGAUGCUAGAGAAAUACAUUUAGAAAAGAUAAAACCAAAUAUGAAGAAACCAGUUCUCCCAACUAUUCAAAGUAAUGAUCUAACGCCUUUGACUUUAGAACAAAAUACCUCCUACUUAAAAUAUGAUGCACCUAUACAGGAAGCAGCACCAGUAGAGAAUAAAAAGGCCGGCAAAUCAAAGAAACAUUCAAGAUAUAAAUUAACGUUGACAAAACAGAAUUCUGAUCCUACAAAUAAUAAUGGCUCUUCAAGUGUUGUCGGAAGUAGUUUCUUUAAGUCAAGGAAUUCUUCAAAAUCUUCCUUGCAUGGAUCAUUACCAUAUUUUUAUCCAAAUAAAUCGAAUUCCAAUCUAGACGACUAUUCAAAUGAAAAGGAUGAUAAUACAUAUCAAGAUUUGAUAACUGGUGCUUAUCACAAAUACAGAGUUUGGAGAAGACAGCAAAUGUCAUUGAUCAAUAAACAUGAAAGAACGUUAGCAUUAGAUGGUGACUAUAUUUAUAUUGUCCCCCCUGAUAGACAUAUGCAUUGGCAUGAAAAUGUUAAAACAAAAUCGUUUCAUAUCAGCCAGGUCGUUUUAGUAAAGCGUUCCAAAAGGAUACCUGAAUAUUUUAAAAUUUAUGUCAAGAGGGGUCAAGAUGACAUAAAGAGAUAUUAUUUCGAAGCAGUAUCUCUUGACGAAUGUAAAGAAAUAGUCAGCAGAAUUCAAAGCUUGUUAAGUGCAUAUCGUAUGAACCAUAAAAAAUGA